AUGAUUAACACAGAUAAAUUAAAGAGAAAAUUGACUAACGAAAAGGUUACUAAGAAAAAGGAAAACGAACAUGAGACGUUUAGUGAAGAUAUCAUAGAUGAUAUACCAUUGAAAGAAAUUGAUCUUAAUGAUGAUUCUGAAACAGAUGAUGAAUCUGAAAUUGACUCUAGUAACGAUGAGCAUGAGGAUGGUAGCUCAGACUCUACAGUAUAUAGUGAUAGUGAAGAGUUUGAAUCAGAUGAAGAAGAGGAACAUGAAGAUAGCAAUAAUACUACUACAAAGCUUGACAAUACUACUUCUGAAAGUUCUAUUGUCAAAAAAGGUACUAGCGAAGCUCAAGAAAACACUCAAAAAAGCUCUAAAGAAAAUGAUGAUGAUGAAUAUGCUAGCCAUGAUACAUCGGAUGAGGAAGAUAUUAGGAACACUGUAGGAAAUGUACCCAUGAAUUGGUAUGAUGAAUAUGAGCAUAUUGGUUAUGAUUGGGAAGGAAAAAAGAUUAUGAAGCCUAAUCAAGGUGACCAGAUUGAUAUGUUUUUGAAAAAAAUGGAAGACCCUAACUUUUGGCGAACUGUUAAAGACUCUCAGACCGGUCAAGAUGUUGUGCUAUCUGAUAAAGAUAUAGAAUUAAUUAAGAGAAUAGAGUCGCAUAAAAUUCCAGAUAAAGAUUAUGAUGACUAUACACCAUGGGUUGAGUGGUUUACUUCAGAAGUAAUGGACAUGCCAUUGCGGAAGUUCCCUGAGCAUAAGAGAUCAUUUUUACCAAGUAAAGAUGAAAUUAAAAAGGUUUCUAAAUAUGUUCAUGCUAUGAAAAUGGGUUGGAUGAAGUCUAGAAGAGCAAUGAAACUUUCAGAAAAAAGAAAAAUGGAGCGAGGACCUCAAUUUUAUAUGUUAUGGCAUUCUGAUGAUGCAGCUGAAGAAAUGAGAAGAAUUCACAAUCAUAUCCCUGCCCCAAAACGUGCCUUGCCUGAUCAUUCUGAAUCAUACAAUCCUCCUGAAGAGUAUUUAUUUAAUCAACAAGAACUGAAAAAAUGGAAUCGAGAGAAAAAAUCAAUAGGUAACAAAAAAUUACAUUUUGUUCCACAAAAAUACAAUUCCCUUCGUGAAGUCCCAUCUUAUAAACGGUUUAUUAGAGAGAGAUUUUUAAGAUGCUUAGAUCUUUACAUGUGUCCAAGAGCUAUUAAAAUGAGGUUAACUAUUGAACCAGAAGAUCUUUUACCAAAAUUGCCUACCCCUAAAGAUUUGCAGCCUUUUCCUACAGUUGUGUCUAUUACCUAUAUUGGGCAUACAGAUAUGGUCAGAUCAAUUACAAUUGAUCCUUUUGGUCAAUAUUUGGCAUCUGCUUCGGAUGAUUCUUCAGUCAGAUUUUGGGAGGUUAGUACUGGAAGAUGUUUGAAAGCAUUUAACAUUAAUGGAAUUGGUAAAUGUAUAACAUGGUGCCCGAAUCAAGCUGUCUCUUUAGUUGCUGUAGCUGUCGAACGAAGGAUUCUUUUGAUUAACCCACAAUUAGGUGAUAGUUUAGUGAUCACUAAAACUGAUGAUCUACUUGAUACACCUCCACCGGAAGAUAAACUCACUUCAGAAAGAAUUAAGGCUGCAGUCCAAUGGGAACAUGUUUCUCCUUCCAAUGAUGAUUGGAAUAAGGGAAUCCGUAUUGUGCUUCACCACUUCAAGGAAGUUAAGCAAGUUUCAUGGCAUGGGAGAGGAGAUUAUUUUGCAACUGUCAUGCCUGAUGGUGAAAAUAGAUCUGUUUUAAUUCAUCAGUUAUCCAGGAGAAGAUCUCAGCUACCGUUUUCUAAACCCAAAGGAUUGGUUCAAGCUGCUUUGUUUCAUCCAAUUAAACCUCUAUUCUUUAUUGCUACCCAGCGAAAUAUAAGGAUUUAUGAUUUAGUUAAACAAGAAAUGGUGAAGAAACUCAUCUCAAAUUCUAAGUGGAUUUCACACAUGGCGAUUCAUCCAGGUGGUGAUAAUGUUCUCGUAGGAACAUAUGAUAGAAAAGUGCUAUGGUUUGAUUUAGAUCUAUCUACUAAACCCUACAAAUCUUUGGCUUUGCAUAACCAGGCUUAUGUUCAGUGGAUUUAUCAUCCUUUUGUACUUGAGCUAGGACAGGAAGGGCGUCUUAUCCUUCAGUUUCAUUGA